GAACUGGAGACUGAGCUAUGUGGGCUGGAACUGUGAUCUCACUGGCCCACCCAUCGCUCCCCAAGCCUGUGGCCUUGUAUCAGCAUUGCAGAGCCCCAAGCCUGUGGCCUUAUAUCAGCGUUGCAGAGCCCCAAGCCUGUGGCCUUAUAUCAGCGUUGCAGGGACCCAAGCCUGUGGCCUUUUAUCAGCGUUGCAGAGACCCAAGCCUGUGGCCUUAUAUCAGCGUUGCAGAGACCCAAGCCUGUGGCCUUUUAUCAGCGUUGCAGAGACCCAAGCCUGUGGCCUUAUAUCAGCAUUGCAGAGACCCAAGCCUGUGGCCUUAUAUCAGCGUUGCAGAGACCCAAGCCUGUGGCCUUAUAUCAGCGUUGCAGAGACCCAAGCCUGUGGCCUUAUAUCAGCGUUGCAGAGACCCAAGCCUGUGGCCUUAUAUCAGCGUUGCAGAGCCCCAAGCCUGUGGCCUUUUAUCAGCGUUGCAGAGCCCCAAGCCUGUGGCCUUUUAUCAGCGUUGCAGAGACCCAAGCCUGUGGCCUUAUAUCAGCGUUGCAGAGACCCAAGCCUGUGGCCUUUUAUCAGCGUUGCAGAGACCCAAGCCUGUGGCCUUUUAUCAGCGUUGCAGAGACCCAAGCCUGUGGCCUUUUAUCAGCGUUGCAGAGACCCAAGCCUGUGGCCUUUUAUCAGCGUUGCAGAGACCCAAGCCUGUGGCCUUUUAUCAGCGUUGCAGAGACCCAAGCCUGUGGCCUUUUAUCAGCGUUGCAGAGCCCCAAGCCUGUGGCCUUUUAUCAGCGUUGCAGAGACCCAAGCCUGUGGCCUUAUAUCAGCGUUGCAGAGACCCAAGCCUGUGGCCUUUUAUCAGCGUUGCAGAGCCCCAAGCCUGUGGCCUUUUAUCAGCGUUGCAGAGACCCAAGCCUGUGGCCUUUUAUCAGCGUUGCAGAGACCCAAGCCUGUGGCCUUUUAUCAGCGUUGCAGAGACCCAAGCCUGUGGCCUUAUAUCAGCGUUGCAGAGACCCAAGCCUGUGGCCUUAUAUCAGCGUUGCAGAGACCCAAGCGUAUGUGAGUAA